AUGACUUUCUACGGGGACCUCUACGAUGAUGGGUGCUGCUCUUCAUUUGGCUAUGAAGACCUCUAUGGUUUUGGGGGCCUGAAUGGCUACCGAUUUGGGAGCCCGUAUGGCUACUGUCAGGACCAGUACCGAUAUGGGAGACCAUACGGCUACAGAAGCUUUGGGAGCCUGUAUAGGAACAGAGACUUGAUUGGUUAUGGGGACUGUUAUGGGUAUGGGGACUUGUACAGAUCUGGGUAUGGCUACCCCUUCUCUGCUCGUUUUGGCAACAGAUACGGCUAUUCAAACUGCUAUUCAUGCUGA